AUGUCCGUCGAGGCGCUGCAAGCCGGUGACACCAUGAAGGGGAUGACGGUGACGGCGCCUUUCACCUCGGCCAUGCCCGUCCGUAUCCUCCGCAAAGGGCCCGCGUAUUUCCGCCGGCACGCCGAGCCGGGGGCCGGCAAGCCCAGCGCGGUGGAGAGGCUGGAGGCCGACAAGGCCAAGUACGUGAAGAGCCAGAAGGUCGCCAGCACGAGGCAGGAGCCGGUGAAGCCACUGCUGCUCAAGCAGCCCCUCUUCAGCCCCGGGGUGCGCCGGGCUGUGCUCACACCCAGCCGCAGGGCACCCCCGGGGCCACGCCGCGCCGAUGCUGCCAGCCCGAAGACCUCCCUUGACCUGGAGAUCCUCAACAACCUCAUCAACCUAUGUGACAGCCCCUUCCCUAAGGCGGAGACGCCGCUGGGCAGGGAGUGCAGGUGGCGAGCGGAAGCGCCAGCGGUGGAGGGGGCUGUCAAGCCACCGGAGAGCCCGGCCACCACUAAGCCCCCCGGCAGUGUGGCCGUGCGGAGGGUGGACGUCCGUCCCUGUGGAGCUCCGCGGAGCCCAGUGACACCGCUGCCAGCAUCCCCCAUUCCAGGUGGGCUGCCUGUGACCCCGUCUCGGAGCUCACCCGCCCGCCCGGAGAGCGCCCGCCGGCAGCCGCUGCUGCACCGCUCCAAGUCGGACCUGAGCGAUCGGCUUUCGAGGGCCACUGCCGACCUGGAGCGCUUCUUCAACUACUGUGGCCUUGACCCCGAGGAGAUGCAGGACAUGGGGGCUGAGCGCUUCGCCCGCGCCAGCUCUGACAUCGUGUCCCUCAAGUUCCACAGCGUGAGCACGGCCAGCUCGGAGGGCGGCCACUCGCCACCCAGCGCUGCCACGCCGGAGGGACGGCCGGCAGAGCGCGUGCCCUACGGCAUCUCCAUCAUCGAGCGCAACGCCCGUGUCAUCAAGUGGCUCUACGGGCUGCGCCAGGCCAGGGAGCCCCAGCAGGUCUCUGAUGUGUAGCAGUGCCAUGGUGGGCACCGGGGAUGGGUCGCUCACAAGCGGGCAAUGCUGGAUGGGGACAAAGCGCAGGCUGUGCCUUGGGAGGAGCAGGGACCUCUUGGUGGUGACAGGACCCUUGAACUCAGCCCUCUUGUGCCACAGCAUCACUGGCCUGAUGUGGUGGCCAGGGAUCCAUUGUCAGACCCCUGUGCCAGCACUAGAGAGCCAGGUCCCUGCAAGCCCCUGGGAAGGCAGAGGACACGUGCCACUGGGUGUGUGGCUGGUCCUCAACACCCACAGGACUUCAUGUGUGGCUGCCCUGCCUGCACUUCUGGCAGCUCCUGCCUGUCCUGCUCCUCACCAGCACCCCGGGGUGGGGUGCAAGGGGCUGGUUAUCCCCUGCAUGGAGCAGGGAUACUGCACCAGUGAAGGAGCUGCCCCCUUGCAGCCUCCAUGGAAGGGGUCCCACUGCUGGGUUGGUGGCUACAUCUUGGUGGUCCCAUUUUAUUGCCGAAGAAAAGCCUGGUGCUUUGAGGGGUGAGGGGGAAACCUGAGCCCCUGCUUCAAGCUGCCCAGGGCUGUGUGUCUGUGUGUGUGAGUGUCUGCGGGUGCCUGUGUUCCCCUCCCCAGCUGCCAGUGGGCACGAAGCCCCCACCAUGCUGGGCCUGGUAUUUAUGAAGACAACAGUUCUAUUUUCUACUCUUUUCCUUGUGUUUGAUCUGUAAAUAAUAAUAAUAAUAAUGCAGCCAGUUUUAUUAAAUGCCUGUGUUUUGGA